AUGGAGGUUCGAGAGAAAGUUCAGCUUCAGUUAUGCCGCGUUGAAGAGGAAACUAAACAUUUAGCCAUGAUUCGUGAGACAGAGCAACGACAAGAAGAAUCAAAAACUAUUUUAACCAGAUACCCAGAUCGAGUUCCUUUGAUGAUUGAAAGAUAUUCAAGGACAAACCUCCCAGAUAUAGAGAAUAAUAAGUUCCUGGUUCCUCGAGACAUGUCGGUAGGUCAGUUCAUUCACAUUCUAACUAGGAGGCUGCAGUUGAGUCCUGGAAAAGCUCUCUUUGUGUUUGUGAACAACACAUUGCCUCAAACAGCAAGUCUCAUGGGGUAUGUCUAUAAUUCUUUCAAAAAUGAAGAUGGGUUUCUCUACAUGUGUUACAGAAUUGAGAAAACUUUUGACUAA